AAAUCACCUGACUGUACAGUGCUGUGUUUCAGUUCCUAACAGCGGUUGUGUGGAAACGAGCUGCAGGAACAUGGCGAGUGCACAGAGAUACCGAGACAAGGUGGUGAUUGUGACCGGGGGAUCGAAAGGUAUCGGCAGGGGCAUCGUUAAAGUGUUCGUGCAGAACGGAGCUAAAGUUGUCUUCUGCGCCAGAGGAGUCGAUGAAGGUAAACACGUGGAGGACAAGCUCAAUAAGGCGGGGCCGGGUCUGUGUCUCUUCGUGUCUUGUGAUGUCUCUAAAGAAGAGGACAUUAAGAGGCUGAUCACCACGACCGUCGAGCGCUUCGGACAAAUCGACUGUCUGGUGAAUAACGCAGGCUGGCAUCCUCCGCACAAGCCCACGGACGACACCAGUGCAGAGGAGUUUCGAGAGUUACUCAACCUGAAUCUGAUCAGCUACUUCCUCGCAUCCAAGUUUGCUCUUCCGUACUUGAGGAAAACACAAGGCAACAUCAUCAAUGUCUCCAGCCUGGUGGCGUCUAUCGGACAGAAGGACGCAGCUCCAUACGUCGCCACCAAGGGGGCGAUCAUCUCUAUGACCAAAGCCAUGGCUGUAGAUGAAAGUCGCUACAAUGUGAGAGUUAACUGCUUUUCCCCUGGUAAUGUGAUGACACCACUGUGGGAGGAGCUUGCAGGCCAAACAGCCGACGCAGCCGCCGCCAUUAAAGAGGGAGAGAAUGCACAGCUGCUGGGGCGGAUGGGCACCGAGGAGGAAAGUGGACUCGUCGCUCUCUUCCUGGCCGCUGAUGCCACCUUCUGCACCGGAGUAGACCUGCUCCUGAGCGGAGGAGCCGAGCUCAACUACGGCUUCAAGAGUCAGAUUCAUAAAAUUUAAAAACAAAACAAAACACAAAACUAAUGUUUACGUCUUCUGAGCCGCUCCGUCUGUUACCGUCAUACCUCACGGUUCCUGAAAUAACAUUGUUGAUUGUGAUCAUCCAGAGUUUCUGAUUUGUGAUUUUUUUUAAUGAUCUUUUAAUGCACGGGAUGUUAUUUACUCACACAUUCCUGAAUCUCAGGCGUUCAGACUGAACGCUUUCUCUAACAGAACUGUGUCUGUUGCACAUUUUCAUCUGAUUUCAGAAAUUAAGACUUUAAAUAAAAUUAAAUGAAAUACA